UCGCCGCUGUGGCCGCGCGCCUCUGGGUGCGCGCAGGACCCGUCCCUACAGCAGCGGAGCAGCAGCGCAUCCAUCCUGCCUGGAGCCGGGAGCGUGGAGCCGCGAGGAGCGCACACACACACACACGGAGACACGGAGAGAGAGAGAGAGCGAGAGAGAGAGAGAAGAUGGACGGAGUGGGAUCGUUCGGAGCGGGCCGGACUGGGUCCACCAUUGACCCGAUCACCUUCGCCAAACAGCCGCAGACCAUCCUCAGAGUGCUGUCCUGGAUAUUUUCCCUGGUGGUCUUCGCCUCCAUCGUGAACGAGGGCUACGUCAACAUGGGCAGCGAGCGUCUCCACUGUGUCUUCAACAAGAACGGGGACGCCUGUAACUACGGCGUGUUUGUCGGCCUCGUGGGCCUGCUCGCCUGCUCCUUCUUCUUCCUCGUCGACUACAAGUUCUCGUCCAUCAGCUCUGUCAAAGACAGGAAGAAGGCCGUGAUGCUGGAGAUCGGAUUCUCUGGUGUAUGGGCCUUCCUGUACUUUGUAAGUUUCUGUUUCCUGGCCAAUCAGUGGUCUCGGACCUCGGCCGAGGAGCUGCCACUCAACCAGGGCGCAGAUGCAGCUCGGGCAGCCAUCGCCUUCUCCUUCUUCUCCAUUCUCACCUGGGCUGGUCUAACAGUGCGUGCGGUCCAGAAGUAUCUGCUUGGCACAGACAUGACCCUCUUCACCACGGAGCACAUGGACGGCGGCGCACCCACCCAGCCAUACCCCUCCAAUUCACCAGGAGGCGGCAACACUGAGACCACAGAGACCUACCAGAGUCCGCCAUUCACUGAGAACAACGCAGCACCCACGUACCAGGUUCCCAUUUACUAAAGAUAGACCUGAUGGUAGAAGAGGAAGAUGCGGAAAGUUUUAAGAAAUAUUGCUUUCCGUGAUGUAACGUGUGCAGUUGUUAAUAUGUUGAUCUGAGCAACUGUUAAAAAAAUGGCCCCUCCUUCUUUGUUUCCUCCUCUUGUUUCCGUUCCCUCCUGAACAUUCCAGCUUUUGUCAGUACUUUUCUAGACCUGUAACGAUGUUUGACUUAAUUUUCCUACCUAAAAGCAAAAAGCGGUGUCCUCUGAUCAGAACAGAAACAGAACACGAGAGGAGGGGACACAGAAGCCGAGGCGACUUUGCAGCAUUCAAAAACUAUUUUGCCAGAAACCUAGAUAAAGGAAUUAACAUUUGAGUGAGUCCACCACAAACACACGGCAGAGGGUACUCACAUGCGGCGCGCAUUCAUCUCGCUCUCGUCAUUCAUUCAAACAGUCACAGGGAGCGUUUUGUUUGCUACAGUACAUUCGGGGUUGUUCCUCCAUCUUUCAUGACGUGUAUGGAAUCUGCAUGUUUUCCGCAAAUAGAGAUCAACAAAGUGCCAUACUGUACUGUGUGUGUCUCAGACAGUGACUUAAUUUAGUAGAUUCUCACAUGCUGUAAAAAAGAAAAAAAAUGAUGACAAUGUUUUGUGACUGAGUGCAAUAUCUCACAUUCUUAUGUAGGUAGGUUAUGUGCUGUAGGAUACAGUAGGAAGUUACCUAGAUCAGUCUUAUAAAGCGCUGUCUCAAAUUACUUACUCGUCUUUGAAUAGUACUCACUAACGUCUGGCAAAUGUGACACACUGGAAAUGUCUAUCUAAAUUGUUGAGCUUCCCCAGGAGGGGGUUGCAAGACGUGGCCGUGAUGUGGUGUGUAACGAGGAGAGGUGUUCAUCCAUAAAGCUCCCCAAUUUAUAUAUCUAUAUUUAUUAGUAUAAAUGCUGUUGUAUCAUCCUUUCAAUACAUUUUAGUCUUCCUUAAUAUUUUUGAAAUCUCCUGUUUCAUGGUCUCCAAAAAAAAAAAAACCCAAAAAACAGUCACAAUGCAAACAAUUAUUUUAAGCGCUUUGACACAAUCGCUUCACGUUGUGCUGCUGGUGCUUCGACUCUUAGGGACCGGUAGCAUUUCUUCUGCACGUGCCAAUUUUAGAAAAAAGACUUAAAAUAUGAAUUCAAGAAAGAUCUAAAGACAAGUAAAUGUGCAAUGACCAAAAAGAGACUAGACGGACCACCGAGAGAGUGCAAACCUCCGACAAGGCUCGGUUUCUCAAAAUCCUGCAUUCGAAUCAAUCUGAACACCAGAAUUAAAUAUUAUUAUCUUUUUCUCGGGCCAUAACCUACAUCCCAAGAAAUCUGUCCUUUACUUUAUGAGAUAUACUGCUCACAGACACACAGUUUGUAUGUAUUAAUUAAGUUCAGGGUUCAGGAUUUAGCAGUUUGUGCAUUUCAUUCUCUCCUAAAUAUCUGACCUGAGCUGGUGGUUGAGUGGGUACUUUGUUUAAAAACUGAGGUGUUAACUUUCUUUCAGGAUUUUGGGUUUGGGAAAGGGUGCAAUGUUGGGUUGAUUUCCCAAUUCUUUCAGGUUUUAAAGUGUAUGUUAAAUCUGUGCAGUCAAAGGGCUACACAAACAGACACGGACGGACGGACGGACGCAGCCAAAAACAUAACCUUCUUGGGGGGAGGCAAUGACGACAAAGAGACUUUAAGUGAACAUGACUUACAGUGUGGGGUCUUGCUCCUGCGCAGGAGGGGGUUGGAGGGGUCGGCUUUUACUCCUCUGCGCCCAUGGGCUCACUGUCUCAUAAUCCAUGCAUGGUGCCAAUGUAUGUAGUGUGUUCUUUGAGACAGUGCCGUAUGUUGACAGUCGUGUUUUAAAAAUGGAAUGAGUUUCUGGGUGAAGCCAGGUCCGUUUACGUUUACGUUUUAGAAGCUGCCAAACUGCCCUUUGUUCUUAUUGCUGUCUUUCAAAAUACCACGUUACUACUAUGUUAGUUAAUGUCAAUGGGGUUUUAUGUGAUCACAAAGCAGGGAGGGGGCGGGGGGGAAGGGGGAGUGGAUGGAUGAUUUGGUUUCAGUCUCAGGCAAAAAAACAAACAAAAAAAAACAAACGAAGUGUGGGAUCAUCCUGUAAAUCUGCCAUUGAAGAGAUGGGUCAGAAAGAAUUUGUUGCCAUGGUGACAGGGAUAGGAGUUGGGUGGAUGCGGGGCGCUCAUGAUGUAGAUAGUAACCAUGCCAACUAUGUCAGUGUGUAGCAGUGUCUCUGUGUCGUGGUUCACAUACACUCACCAUCAGUGAAUAUGUAGUUUUGGUGUGUGGGAUGUGUGUGUGCCAAUGAGUGUGUGUGUGCGCGUGUUUCAGCAUGCACGAGCGACGUGUACAUCUGCGUGUUUGUUUGUGCGUGAACACGUGUGACUGUGUGCCGUCAAUUCAGUUCAGUGGAGCAUAAAAGUUAUUUUCUUGAACGUGAGUUUUAGUGCAGAGGAGGAAAUCGUACGUGCGUCUGUUUUAACGUUGAAUAAUUUCCACCAACUAUCAACUCUUUCUGCAAAAUAUAUAUAUUAGUGUCACUAUCAGCAUUUUAUUAAAUUUAAAGAUACUUUUUUUUUUAUCUUUGAUGAACAGAGCCAAAUACAAGACUUUUAUGUUGGAGUGAUUUAGUUGUAGAAUGCUUUGCCCGUUUUAUCUAAAUCCAAGUUAACAGCGUGCUCUGCUGACCAGAGAUGGUUCUACAAGACUGAGACAGCCAAAGCUCUCCGUUUUCAAAAGUAAUUAUGAAAUUAAUGCAUGGAAUUGUUUGUAUAGAAAUCAUUAUAUAUAUAUAUAUCGAAUACUAUGUAACGCUUAAGUUGAGUCCAAAAUGUGUCACAGAGUGAGACUGGCCAGCUGACAGGAUUCCUUCACGUGUUAUAUUAAUCACACUCCAUGUGCCCAAAACUACUUUGUUUCCUGAGUGACGUCAUCUCAACCUCAUUGUCAUUAUAUUGAUUGCGGGAGUGUGUACGUUUUUCUUUAAAAAAAAAUAAAAUAAAAAUACAUAAAAAAACUGCCCUUAGAGAACCUGACAGGAGCCAAACUCCAUCAAAAUGAGACGGCAGAAUCCAGGGCCUGGAGCUGCAGGAGCAUUAAUGGGAGGAAAAUCAGCUGUGGUCGAGUCUUAAAUGGUGUAAAACCUCAGCACGUUGGUGACUUUACUUUACCUCUAAUGAAAGCUAUUAGUCACACAAAACAGGAGACUCUGUUAUUAUAAUUUAUCACCAGGGAAUUCUGGCACAGGAUUCUCAAUAGGGCAGGAGGAGUUUGUUCAUCGGACCAGAGUGGCUAGUUUUUAACUGAGGUGUUAAUUUCUGGAAGGAAAGAGUACAAUGUUGGGUCCUGGACUAGUAGCAGUCAGUUUGUUUUCCUAAUACUUUCAGGUGCUUUUCAAGUGUAUGGACGGGUUAGUGUUAAAUCUGUGCAAACGUCUAUACUUGUGCUUUAUUUUCAUGUUUUUCUUCUUAUCAUAUGUUUUUAGAUUUAUUCUCUUUAUUUGUCUGGCAUUGAUUCAUCAUUCACUGCUCAAAAGCUGUUCCCUGAAUUUCACAUUUGUGAGUUGAGUUGAAUUGCCCAAAUUGACAAAUAGGUUUGGCUUUAAAAUAUUUACACGCUCAAAAAUGCAAAACGUAAGAUUUACCAUACAAUUAAAUUAGGUUAUGGUGAAGACUUUGAUGAAAUCUAUAUAAUAUAUUUUCACUCCCACAUUUCCUCUAUUUAAUUAUUUGUAAUUAAAUAGUUACAGAGUCUUUGUGAGUUUCCCAUAGAAAGGAAUCCAUUUAAAGUAUUAUGUAUGUACAACAUACUGAAAGAGUCCUUUAAAUGUUGGGCUUCUAAGUUGGGUAGUUUGGGGUACUGUCAGGUCAGGGUGUAUUAUUGUUCUCAGUGCUUCAGUCUCUUCAGUCAGUGUGUUAGAUUUAAAAAAAAAUUUUUUUUAAAAAAAUACUACAAACAUUCUGUGUUUUGUGCUCUGGACCAUGUGGUAUUGGUUGAUUGUAAAAUACAGUGUUACUGAAGUAAAUGGAACCUGUGUGUGAUGAUGUCCAGGGUCUGCUUUGCCCUGUAUUAAUGAAAAAAUAAAUAAAGUAUGAUAAUAAAAUUAAUUUAGUAAUCUAGAAUGCAAUCUCUGUUGGAAAUACUUUGAACACUCUUGAAGGGGCCUCAGCACCAAAAUUAACAUUUGAUUUCUGUUAAGACUGAGAAAGGGUUACGAUAAUAGUAAUGCUUUCUAGUUUAACACUUGUCAUGAAUGUUAGAAUAUCUUAUCCCAUAUAACUGAUGAUGAAAACUUAACCGCCCAUCAACAAGGUAACAAGUAUACACUGACUUUGGAGUGUGCUACCCCUCGUACAUGUUUCUUCUGAGUUGUUUCUUCUUGUUCUGAAGGUGUUUGAUCUCUUCAGUGUAAAAAUGCUGUGUACAGAGAUGUGUGUCACUGUCUAUUACCUGAAUGUCUCUGGACUGCAGUCUGAAACGUCACUCAAAAUAAAAAUCAAAACAUG